CAGAAAAUUUUCUUGUGAUGGGCCCCGUGAUUUCUGAUGGCAGCCCUGGCUUUGUGUCCUCACAUUUCUAUCAGUCAGUGCUAUUUGCAUUGGACAUCUGACCAUGGCAGGAAGGUAGCUGUUUGCCAUGCACAUAUGUAAACCUGAGGCAAACUGUUUUGUCUGCCACACGGUGCAGGUUUCGGGGAACAGGAACACUGAAUUUAACAUUUUGGUGCACCCCUGAGUGGUUAUACCAGGGGUGGGCAAACUUUUUGGCUCAGGGGCCACAUUGACUUACAGACGGGCAAGGCCAGUGUUACGCCAUUUCCGCUCGUCAGUCUUUAGACGCCAAGUUUCGCGUGAUGAGACUUGCAGAGUCAGCGGGCCUGAUUAAAAAGACCAACAGCCGGACUUGACCCGCAGGCCAUAGUUUGUCCACUCCUGAGUUACACCUUUUCUUCCAAUUUUAUCCCUUCAUGCAAUGUUAAUAUGGUGAAAAUGCCCAAUGCCAUUGCUCCUUGAAAUUAGUUUCAAGUGUUUGCAAAAUAGAAUUUAUAAGAAAUUCAACUGAAACAUGAACAUUAAAUCAAGUAAACUACAAAUACGUUUAUAUAGAAAAUAUUUUUUUUUUUUUCAGGGUGGGAACUUGCACAACCUGUAGUGAGUAUGUUCCUAGGAACAACAACAAAGACCCAUAUUCAUUUACCUAUUGAAUUAUUAAUUUGUUUGGGUAACCGGAGUACCUGAAGGUAGACGGGAAUUCACAAACAAGGCUGAAGAUGCUAAAUGCUAAGGAUGCAAAAUAUUCUGUUCUGUGCUUCAAAUUAAACCCCUAAUAGAAUGAACUGCAACUAGUAAGUAGCUGAAGGCAAGCUGAGUUAGGCAGUUCAUACCUUAUUAUGUUUUCUGCUGCCACCAAGAACUUUGUUAAACAAGUAGGCGAUGGAGGAAGGCUGGUUCCUGUGCCCAGUCUCAGUGAGGCUGACAAAUACCAACCCCUCAGCCUGGUCAUCAAGAAGAAGAAAUGCUUUCUAUCUAGAAAAUUUAAAUACAUCUCAACCCCCUUUACACUGAAAGAUAUCCUGAAUGGUGACAAGGAGUUAUCUGCAGGUGUAAGUUCCUACCAGUUGCUGAACUAUGAAGAUAAAUCUGACUUAUCAUUGAAUGGGAGACAUGGAAAUCAAAUUAGGAAUGAUGUUGGAAUAAAUAUUUAUGGGUCUGAUUCUGUUGCAGUUAAAGCUUCAUUUGGUAUUGUAACCAAACACGAGGUAGAGGUUCCAGCACUGCUAAAGGAACUUCUUUCAAGGACAAUUGACCUAGAUCACUGUUUAACUCAUCAAGCAAAAGAAAGUGGCAAAGAGGUGCUCUGUGUGGUCAUGGAGAGUAUCCGGACAACUCGUCAGUGUUCUUUAUCAGUCCAUGCUGGCAUGCGUGGAGAAGCAAUGAGAUUUCAUCUGAUAGAAGAACAAAAUCACAAAGGUCGUGACAAAGCCAUUGUUUUCCCAGCUCAUACAACCAUUGCAUUUAGUGUUUUUGAUCUGUACAUUCAUCUUGAUGGCCACUUUGAACUGUGCGUAUCAACUGCUUCAAAGGGAGGAUUUGAAAAAGAACCAACCAGAUCAUUUUCAUUAAAUACUCUAAGGAACAAUUUGUAUCGAUCUGGCAUCUUUUUCACUGGGAAAAGGACAAUGGAUGUUAUCGCUACCACAGACUCCUACAUGGAUGACAUCUUUUCGGAUUACUAUGAGAAGGCUGCCAGCAUGACUGAUAUUUCUACCACCUUCAUGCGAGAAGGAGCUCACACCCGCGUUAAUCUGCUUAACAACAACAUUCCCAAGGGGCCAUGUGCCCUCUGUGGGAUGGGAAAUUCCAAACGGGAAACAGUGUAUGGGUGUUUUGAAUGUUCUUUCAAUGGCCAAAAGUAUGUUAGACUGCAUGCUGUGCCUUGCUUUGAUCUAUGGCAUAAACGAAUGAAGUGAGACACUUCCACGGACAUACUGUGCCUACUUAUACAAUCUCAGGUAUAACUGCGCCACAGGUCUACUACAGGUCUCCUUAUUGAUAAGAGAGAGCAUCUAAACUGUUAAACAGGUUUGCCUUGGAACAACUUAAGGUCCAUCUCCAACAGAGAAAUUCAACUGGUUCUCUCAGUAUUAAUUGGGAAAUCUGAAUGACACGCAAGGCAGGGGCAGGUGAGGGACACCUAUGUGCCUACGCCUGCCCACACGUCUCACUUGGACUAAUAUAGUAAAUGCUGGAUCCAAAGGCAUCGCUGCAGGGCUCUUCGCUCCAUUAUCAGACAGCCAAACGCAGCUUGCAAAGUGUAAAAAAGGCAGAUUGUCUGCUGACAAUGCAUGCUGCAUUCAGCUUUGCAAAUGAGGCCUUAAAUUGUACUAUACAACAGAAUUUAAAGCUACAAAUUUUAACACUAUAGCUAAAGAAGUAGGGCAAAAAUAAUGUACAUUAUGUUUUGUGCUUCUGUACCAGCCCAAGGCAACCACAGCCCUUUAGCAGGGAAGAUCUGUGCCCCUAAAGAUGCCCCAGUAGCCCCCCAUCUUCUUUUCUGCUGAUUCACUGCACAUGCUCUUUGCUGCUGUCACUUACCUGAGCUUAGGGACCCACUCACAAUAUGAUGAUUAGUAAAUAAUAAAUUAUUAGUACAUGGCAGUUAGAAUCAGUAUUUAAUAAUCAGUCCUGUAGCAUCACCUUAUGUAACAGAGGAACCUCAUUUGCUGCUUGAUCAUUUGCUUCUCAGCAGCUGCGCAGAGCACACUGAGCAUUUGCAGUGCCACUGACACUUCCAACAAAAUCCAAAAUUGGAAGCUCCAGUGAAUAGUGAAGGCCUGGAUCAUUACUGAUAAAGAAACCUUAAGGAUGGUGCAAUACGUUUAGUAUAUAAAAUAUGGCAGAUCAUUUUAGGGUUUACUUCUCCUUUAAGUAUAGAUUAUUUUUG